AUGAACAAGAAGUCGACACGCAUUGGCGAUACAAUCGUGCGAGGCAAAAAAAAGUCCGCCCUUGGGGAAAAUCACACAGCGCUCUACAUUGAAAACGUCGACGGCACUCCGGCCAGUGGCGACUACAUCAACAAUGCCCGCAAAUUCGCGCGCACCUUGAUCAACCUCGCGAUCUCGACAAAAUGUGACAUGCCCAAAAAAUGGGGCGACGCUGACGUCUGGUUUCAGCAGCUAUUUUACACCGCCCUUCGCAAGAGGUUCCCCCUGUUCCAGCUGUGCCACAACAACGCCAAGGCCAACCUAUUCAUGCAACACAUGUACUACGAUGCAGUGACGCGCAAAUGGGAGAAUCUUUCGACGGGGACUGUCAACCUCAAUGAUGCAAAAUUUGCCUUCCAGCCCGUAUCCGAUGACGACGGCGUACAGGAGGAUGUCGUUGACGUGCCCGCCAGCAACCCUCCUGGUUCUACGGCCCAGCGUGGCGCCACGAAGCGCCCGUCCGGCGUCACCCUCCUGCCGUCCAAACCAGCCCAGCGCCCCCGUACGCGCGCCGACGAACCUGAACAAUCUCUCCCACCCUCUCAACCGGACAAGGGCAAAGGGCGCGCGUCUGCCGGCCUCCUAUCCCUGAUAUCCCCAUCGUAUGUCAUAUCUCCUGAUUUUCAAUUUAUGUUGAUCACGUUGUUUGGCUCGUUCAGCUCUACCAUGCAGCCCACUCCCCGCGUUGAAGAUCAGCCCACCACCUCAACUACCGCAUCGCCACCCUCCCAGGAGUCUCCUGCUCUUCAAGACGCACAGGGGUCUGUUAUGCCUGGGGCGCCUUCCUUUGAACCUCCCUCGUGCACCGCUGAAACGACGCCCGCCCUCGCGGCGUCAGACGGGCAUCCCCCCACGUCCCACCUUGACCAUCCCGCUUUGCCAGUCCCACAAACUCACUUACAGCACCCCAAGCCACCCUCUGAGGCCUUGGGCACGCAUCAUAAUGUUCCCGACACGCAGCGCAUUACCCCAGCCGCACUGCCCACUGCCAAUGCUGGUCCCUCUGACAGCCUCGUAGAUCCUCCGCCAGUACCCUCCACGUCAGCAAUCGUGACGGCCUCAAAAAAAACUCGUGCUCCUCGGAAGGCACCGCAGUGGCCUCCGCCAGCUGAUCUGGGUGGAGCUAAGUGGGCGCAUGCACGUCACUGGUACGCACAGACACACGGAUCGGAGGCUGAUUUCGAACAGCACUACAAGGCCAUGUCUCGCGCCGAUCGCCAGAAGGCCCCCCGCCACGCUGGACAAUGA